AUGCGGAGGCUGAGGACCGGUACGCUGCAGGACUGGGCUGCUGCGCCCACCCUCGCCAGCGUCCCCUUCACCCUGGCUUUGCGCACCUCAGCGGGGCCCUCCCUCAGGAGAUCUGGACCCAGCCUUCUGUCACCGUCCCUGCUCCCAUUGUGGCUGGCCCUGCUCAUCGCCGCCAUCAUCGCGGCGAUCCUGCGAGCGCGUUGGAAGGCAGUCCACAGCUGCCGGGCCUGCAAGGGGUUUGGCAUCCAGAGGCACGUGUGCAAGCUGUGCGACGGGCGCGGCGUGGUGGGGUGGGAGGGCAAGAUGUCCCACGAGGAGCCCUGCCCCCUCUGCCUGGGCCGCCGCUUCACCUCCUGCCCCUGCUGCGGGGGCCUGGGGGGAGCGCGGCCCCUGUUUGCGCACACCCUGCGCCGGGGAUCGCACCCCUGGGCCAGCCUGGUGAGCCUGACGCGGCGGCUGCGGGGCAUUCAGCCCAACAGGGAGCCGCAGGCGAGGCGGGUGAGCGUGACCAAGGUGGACCCGGCUACCGUGCAGGCGGAGUGCAAGGCGGCGGCCGACAAGGCCAUGGGCGAGAGCAUCAAGAAGCUGGCGUCGGACAUCAUCACGGACUGA